AUGAAUUGGGAGAACCCGCAGGUCCCGGCCGCAGUGCACGAGAUUAUGCGAUACUGGCUGGACCGCGGCGCAGAUGGGUUUCGUAUGGAUGUGAUUAACUUUAUCAGCAAGGACCAGGACUUCCCGGAUGCCCCAAUCGCAGACCCCGACUCGCCAUGGCAGUCGGGCAAACGUUACUAUGCGUGCGGUCCACGGCUGCACGAGCAUCUACAGGAGAUUGGCAAGAUCCUGCAAGAAUAUAAUGCGUUUUCUGUAGGCGAGAUGCUGGACGUCGAGGACCCCGCGGAGAUUCUCAAGGCCGUGGGCCAUGACAGGCAGGAGAUCAAUAUGGCCUUUCAUUUUGAGAUGUAA